CUUUCUUUUUUUCUUUCUUUCUUCCAGCCACCCGCCGUUUCUGCUGGCAAAUUUGGCUGGCAAUGAACAUGUUGUAAUACUUGGUCGAUUCGGCAGAGGGUGCCAGAGAGCGCACGACGCACCGUGGGUCACAAUCGAGGAAGAAGAAAACGACCACCCAACCCCGAAGAAGCCUUUAUUGGUGGCACCGCCUGGAAGGGAAACGAAACGAAACGGAACCGCCCGAUUUUCGACUUCGACCCGACGCGGUUUGCGGCAGCGGCGGCGGCAUCGUCCGUGAACCGGGCUUCGCUCCUUGAUGACGUAUUACGCGCGACUCCUCGCGAACGGACUUUGAUCGCCCCUACGCCAAAUCUCCCACGUCGGUCGGCGUUUGCGCAUGCGGGCGCCGGCGGAAAGGCGUUAAUCCGCCGCCGAGUACCCCCGCCAACCCCCCCCCCCCCCAUUCUUCCUCUGGGCAAGGCCUAGCAUGAGCUCGCGCGAGUAAAAGCCCCCAAACGCGAGCUGACAUCAUGGCGACGGGCGUCGUCAAGGCAUUUGUCGAGACGUGUAAUUAUCUCCAGGACCCCCGCCUGGUGGCGAGGUUCCAACGCCUCUGCGGGGUCCGGGGCACGUUUCCGGAGAAGGCGAGCGAGCCGCAAGACGACGGCGGUGACGACCGGCGCCCCGACCUCUGGAAGCGGAGCAACGGGGCGGCCGCGCACGCCAACGGGAAGCCCGGCGAGGCGGAGGACGACGACGACGACGGCGGCCAAGACGACGACGCCUCCGCCCGGGCCAAGCCCCUCCGCAGAAACUCGCUGACCGGCGACGUGGGCCAGGAGUUCCUGAUCCACAACAAGUUCCUCUUCUAUCUGUUCACCUUCGGCACGGAGCUGGGCAACGAGAUGUUCUUCAUCGUCUUCUUCCCGUUCCUCUAUUGGAACGUGGACGCGCUGGUCAGCCGCCGGCUCAUCGUGGUCUGGGCCUGGAACUUGAUGGUGGGCCAGUCCACCAAGGACAUGGUGCGCUGGUCGCGGCCGGCCUCGCCCCCCGUGGUCAAGGUGGAGGUCUUCUACAACUCCGAGUACAGCAUGCCCUCCACGCACGCCAUGACGGGCACCGCCAUCCCCUUCUGCCUCUUCAUGCUCACGUUUGGACGCUGGCAGUACCCGUUCCUGUUGGGGUUGUGCGUGGCGCUGUGCUGGAGCCUGCUGGUGUGCGUGAGCAGAGUCUACAUGGGCAUGCAUUCGGUUCUGGAAGUGAUCUGCGGCUUCCUGUACAGCCUCCUGGUCCUGGCCUUCUUCCAGCAAACGCUGGACAAGAUCGACGACUUCUACAUGAGGCACGCCUACGCGCCGCUGGUCAUCGUGGUGUCGCACGUGAGCCUGGGGCUGGCGGCCUUCUCGCUGGACUCGUGGAGCACCUCCCGCGGCGACACGGCCCAGGCGCUGGGAACGGGGGCCGGCGCCGCUCUGGCCACCCACGCCAACUACCGGCUGGGCCUGAUGGCCGACCCGCCGGCGUCCUCGCUGCCGCUGGCCGUGCCCCCGCCGGGCGCCGGGCCGGCGGCCCGCGCCCUGCUGCGCUUCGCCCUCGGCGUGGCCGUCCUCCUGCUCACCCGGAUGCUCAUGAAGGCGGCCGUCAUCCCCCCGCUGUGCCGGCUGGCGGGGCUCCCCGCCGACGACGUGCGGCGGGCCAGGCAGCGCGUGGCCGUGGAGCUGCCGUACCGCUACAUCGUCUACAGCGCGGUGGGCUUCACGUGCGUGUGCGUGGUCCCGCUUCUCUUCAGGCUGCUGAACCUGGCCUAAACCCGACAGGCCCGCCUGCGCCGUAGAGGGUGAAUGCUACGCAAGCGUACUGCUCUUAUGCCGGAAGAGAAAAGGGGGGUGUCGCAAAGUGACGUGGUCGACUCACGUGGUGACGCCGCUGUCAAUUACAAGUGCCGAAAACGGCUUCAACAAUAAUCGAAGACGGCAAACUGGAGGCUAGCAAGCACUUGACAACACACCGGAGGAGAAAGGAGACGCCGCAAACGCACCGCUGGGUAUUUUUCUGCCAUUUGUUGAAAGUGUCCAAAAGAUCCCCCCCGCCCCUCCGGUGACAUCCAACGUCCACUUUGUUUCAUUUGAUCCUUCUCUCCAAUUGUGUUUAUUGUACUUUAAAACCAAUGUUUAUCGCCAUCACUUUGCUCUGAAGAAUAAACCAAACGAUGAAUCGCG